AUGGAAGGAGAGUCAACUUCCUUUCCAGUAACACUUCCCAUCUUUAACGGGGAAGACUAUGAAAUGUGGGCAGUAAAAAUGCAGUCCUAUCUAGAGGGACUGGAUUUGUGGGAAGCUGUGGAAGAGGAUUACACUGUUCAACCGCUGCCAGAGAACCCUACCUUGGCUCAAAUCAAAAAUCAUAAGGAACAAAAAACAAAGAAGGCAAAGGCAAAGUCAUCCUUGUUUUCUGGUGUUACAAAAUUGAUCUUCACCAGAAUCAUAACUCUUAAAUCACCAAAAAAAAUUUGGGAUUUUUUGAAGGAAGAAUAUGAAGGAGAUGACAGAAUAAAAAGCAUGCAAGUGUUGAAUCUAAGGAGGGAAUUUGAGAUGCAAAGGAUGAAAGAGUCAGAGACAAUCAAGGAGUACUCAAACACGUUAUUGGGCAUUGCCAACAAAAUAAAGUUGUUGGACAGUGACUUUGCGGACUCCAGAAUCGUCGAGAAAAUCCUUGUGACAGCCCAAGAGCAACGGAGGCUUAUGAGGCAAGAACAUGUGGUUGAAGAUGCUUUACCAGUAAAGCAUCAAGUUGCUGGAACCAGUAAGAAGAAAAGCUUCAAGAAAUUUCAGCCAACAAGCAGUGAAGAUAUUACAAACAAAGGCUAG